AUGCGUCUCCGAGUGCGUGGGCCGCAAGGAACCGCUCAAGUAACGAUCGACGCCAAUGCAACAUGGUCAGACCUGAAGCACGAGAUCAGCGAAAAGACUGGUGUCCCAGACUUUGAUCUCAAGUAUGGCUACCCACCGCAACCCUUCAAUACCGAAUCCAUAGACGGCGCGAUGAAGCUCGCUGAUUUGCCCGUCAAGCUCGAAGGCGAACAGCUGAUAGUGAUGCCUCGCAACAUACAAGCCUCGCUCUCGAGCCCCAUGUCUGGCACGAAACCACCAUCAGAGGCUCGAAAAGCGGGCGACGUUGAAAGUGAACCCCCCGAGGUGCCUGUCCCUAUGCUGGAAGGUGUGAUGGCGUUACGCGUGAUGCCCGACGACAACAGCUGCAUGUUCCGCGCCUUGUCCUCUGCAGUGCUCGGGUCAGCGCUGGAUGGUAUGAACGAGUUGCGCUCAGUCGUCGCUCAGACGAUCCAAGCGCAACCGGAGCUGUACACGAAAGGCAUGCUGGAGAAGGAGCCGUCAGACUACUGUCGCUGGAUCAUGAGAGAAGACAGCUGGGGCGGCGGCAUCGAGCUUUCAAUCCUAAGCCAGCAUUUCGACAUCGAGAUCUGCAGCAUCAACGUCCAGGACUUGCGCGUUGAUAAGUUCAACGAAGGGCGACCGACUCGUUGCAUCCUGGUCUAUUCUGGCAUCCACUACGACGUCUGCGCCGUCACACCCUUCGCCGGCGCCGAGCCCGAGUUCGACCGGAAAGUCUUCGAUGUCAUCCGGACGGGCGACGAAGAAAUGGACGGCGGUGCUUUGGAGGCUGCGCGCGAGCUCUGCAAGAUCUUACAAGGUCGGCAUUACUAUACUGAUACGCAUGGUUUCGACAUCAAAUGCACGCAGUGCGGUCAAGCGGGUAAGGGACAGCAGUGGGCUGUCCAGCAUGCGAAAGCUACGGGUCAUGGCAGCUUCGCCGAGCCUGAUUAAUGAUGUCCAGAGCUUGAGAGCGAGUUUCACUAACGGUAUGUUUAUGUGCCGCUGGGUAUGCGUAUGACUCACACUAAGUGAGGCUAUGCAGCAUGCAACCUUUCGAGUCAUCUCCAUCUACACGGUUUUCGAUUGGACAUCGGCAUAAUCACGGCAAUGGAAACAAGUGUAUAUAUACUGUUUGCGCAAAGCGUUUGAUCAGGGAAGUAGCUGUACCUUACAUUGGAAUCAGACGCUUGCGUCUACGUCUCUUCGGAGAUCCUUCCCUUUUUGAUGAACAUUACUCACCCAACAAUCUAAUUUCAUUGGAUGACUCGAAAUUUUGAUUGAUUAUUGAUUUGUAAUUGUAUUUCGUGCUGGCUACGAUGCGUUGAUUUGAUUGUUCGCUAGACGGGACCGCCUCAACCACCCACCCAACACUACGUACACGAAACAGUUGCGAUCCGACC